GGCUGUGGCGUCUAGAGGCGAAGGCGCUGACGUGAGUUCGGCGCACCUGGGCCGGGCAGGUAAGGGCUGGUGCGCGACUGGGAGUGGAUCUCGCAGUUCCUGCCUGCGCAGAGCGGGCGCCCCUCGCCCAAGCCGUCGAGGAACCCGGUGGUGACGCGUGAUCCUAGCUGAGACUUGAUUCGGAGGGACGUCCACUUCCAGUAGCCGGAUUGAGGAAAGGCCUGGGCUGUGGAGACGGGAAAGUACCAGGAAGGGGUGGAUGACCCUGACCCAGCUAAAUGGAAGGCCCAGCUCCGCUGUGCUCUCAAUAAGAGCAGGGAAUUCACCUUGAUGUACGAUGGCACCAAGGAGGUGCCUAUGAACCCAGUGAAGAUCUAUCAAGUGUGUGACAUCCCCCAGCCUCAGGGCUCGAUCAUUAACCCAGGAUCCACAGGGUCUGCUCCCUGGGAUGAGAAGGACAAUGAUGGAGAUGAAGACGAUGAGGAAGAUGAGCUAGAUCAGUCGCAGCACCAUGUUCCCAUCCAGGACACCUUCCCCUUCCUGAACAUCAAUGGCUCUCCCAUGGCACCAGCCAGCGUGGGCAAUUGCAGUGUAGGCAAUUGCAGUGUGGGCAACUGCAGCCCUGAAGCAGUGUGGCCCAAAACUGAACCUCUGGAGAUGGAAGUACCCCAGACACCUAUCCAGCCCCUCUAUAGCUCUCCAGAGCUAUGGAUCAGCUCUCUCCCAAUGACCGACCUGGACAUCAAGUUUCAGUACCGUGGGAAGGAGUAUGGGCAGACCAUGACUGUGAGCAACCCCCAGGGCUGCCGGCUUUUCUAUGGGGACCUGGGCCCCAUGCCUGACCAGGAGGAGCUCUUUGGUCCCAUCAGCCUAGAGCAGGUCAAGUUCCCAGGUCCAGAGCAUAUCACCAACGAGAAGCAGAAGCUUUUCACCAGCAAGCUACUGGACGUCAUGGACAGAGGACUGAUCCUGGAGGUCAGCGGUCAUGCCAUUUAUGCCAUCAGGCUGUGCCAGUGCAAAGUGUACUGGUCUGGGCCAUGUGCCCCAUCGCUUGUCGCCCCUAACCUGAUUGAGAGACAAAAGAAGGUCAAGUUAUUUUGCCUGGAAACAUUCCUUAGUGAUCUUAUUGCCCACCAGAAAGGACAGAUAGAGAAGCAGCCGCCAUUUGAGAUCUACUUAUGCUUUGGGGAAGAAUGGCCAGAUGGGAAACCCCUGGAAAGGAAACUUAUUUUGGUUCAGGUCAUUCCAGUGGUGGCUCGGAUGAUCUACGAGAUGUUUUCUGGUGAUUUCACACGAUCCUUUGACAGUGGCAGUGUCCGCCUGCAGAUCUCAACUCCAGACAUCAAAGAUAACAUCGUUGCUCAGCUGAAGCAGCUGUACCGCAUCCUGCAAACCCAGGAAAGCUGGCAGCCCAUGCAACCCACCCCCAGCAUGCAACUGCCCCCUGCCCUGCCGGCUCAGUAAUCAUCAAUGCCAUAUUCUUUCUUCUCUUUUUUAGAAUAUUGUACAUAUGGAUAUUUUUAUUAUUCAGAUUUAACCAGCUUUUAAAUCUCUCUUCUCUCCAGCACAGUUAGUAGUUAGUCUAUGACUCUUUCCAAAUAUGCCUAGCUUUUAAAAUUGAUUUAAUUUAUGGAAAAAAUCACCCUUUAGGCUUUCCUUUUCUUUUUUAAAUCCCCCAAUGGUAGUGUAAUGUAGUAGACGAAGAUCUGGCCAGGGAGUUGGACACCAGGGUUUUAGCUGCAGCUUUGCUUUCAGUAGUGUGACCUUGAGCAAGUCACUUAACCUUUGGGCUUCAGAUUCAUCUCUUCUAAAGUCCAGGGGUUGGAAUGAUGCCGGAAAUUGCAUCCAGCUUUAAAACUCUGAUUCGAUGACUUCAUUCUACAUGUAGAAGGCAAAACUGCCUGGAACAGAACCCUUCUGCAUUGUUCUUGUACCACGGGUUUCUUCUUCUGUUUUCAUUAAAGUUCCCUCAAGCACUGAUCUGUCCAUGACCGAGCUCUGUCUGACCUGUUCUGCUAGUAGAGAAAGCUGGCUCUCCGAUGUGGGGAUGAGAGCCGGGGAGCUGGCUGGUUGCUUAGGAACCAAGCUUGACAUCUAAAUAGAAUUGGGUGCCAAAGUCUGAAAGUCACCCUGCCUGUGGAGUAAAAGUUCAUAAACUGAGCCUCUAAAGGAAAGCUGUUGACAUAGAAGGCCUAGGGAUUCUGUGGAAGAAUGGGCUGUCGGGUGUUUACCUUGCCACCUCUCCAAUACGGCUGUCUGUG